GUUCAACAGCUGGUAAACAUUUUCAAAUCUUCAACAUCGUAGCGGAGAAGCAGCUGUACCGCUGCACCAUGAAAGACGAAGUGCAAUAUUGGAGCUGGCUCAACGAUGACGUCAUCGGCAUUGUCGGGUCAAAGUUCAUCUACCACUGGGACCUCUCUCCUUUAGGAUUUUCAUGUCCAAUGAAGGCUUUUCCCCGCCAUGGACGACUAAACUUUUGUCAGAUUGUAGGCUACAAGGCAGAUCCUUCAUUUAGAUGGUUUGCUGUACUAGGUCUCUAUAAAGAUUAUGAGGAUGGUGACUCAAACUCGGUGUCGGGUGUCGUCCAGAUCUAUUCGGCCACUGUAGAUAGAAGCCAGUGCAUCGAUGCUCAAGCCAUUAACUUUGCCUCCUACCGCCGCAGCGACAACAAGAGUAUCAAUUCCGUCCUUAUCAUUGUAAAUAGGCAGGCAGGCCUGCAAGGAAAGCUACACAUCAUUGAGCUGGGUCCUCACUUAGAUGGUAACUGUUCCCUGACCAAUCAUUCAGAACAGGUCAACUUUGAUGAUGAGGAGAGAUACGACUUUCCGGUCUCAAUUCAGGUGAGUUCAUCACAUGGUCUUGUCUACAUCCUGACAAAGAUGGGCCGGUUGAAGCUGUGUGACCUUGAGACAGGUACAUUCCUCAGCAGCUGUAGAGCAUCACAUCUCACCGUCUUUACCUGCAUGCCAGACACCGAUGGAAAGAGAGUCUUAGGAAUCAGUCGAUGUGGCAGGCUCUUAUCCAUGGGUGUGAAGGAGAAAGCGUUGGUCUCUCACGUACGGACUGUUCUGAAACGACCUGCAAUAGCAGACAGAUUAGAGAGGACGUUCUCAGAAACACUCUGAUACCAAUCUUGCCUUUUAUUAUGUGAAACAUUCAAAGUGUGUGUGCAGGCAUACAACAUGAACCUUCAGUCAAGAUCAUAUAUAUAUCUAGUGCAUGAAGUGAGAUUAGACACUGCAUAAAAAUGGAUGGGUGGGACUGAUGUAAGGGAAGCGAGCAUAGAGCUUUUCAUAUAGAAGAUGGAGAUGAACGACGCAAAAGGAAGGUGGGUAUGUAAGUGGUUACCUUCAAGUCAAGACGUCAUGGUGGUCAUUGCCAGACUUUCGUCAAGGGGCUGACCUUCUAUGGCUUUCUAGAUGAAUUCGACUGUUGCGAGUGGGAAACUCAUCCUCAGGUGGAGAAUGCACAGGAGAUUGGCAUGUUUGCUGUGCUACUAGACCUCUGCUUAUGAUUUUACGUUCAAGUCAAGACCGACCCUGAAUUGUUAUUGCUCAAGCCUGGGAUCAAUGAGACAUAGCAUCUUUCACAUUAAUCAAUCCAAAACUCGAGUUGGCGUAUCAUCCUGAAUAGUCAAGGUUUCUACCAUGGUCUGCCUAGGUUUGACUCAAAUGUGAUUCACCCAUGGCUGCUUUCACACCAAGGGAUUAUCUUGGGUUGAACCCAGAUUAGCCCUAAUUAUGUGAAAAGGGUCAGAGAGAAAUGGAAUAGUGGAAAAUGUACCAAAUAUCAUUUGUAAUCGAUCACUGACUGUGCUGCAGUGAGAGAGAUCUCAGAGUCUUACUUGCCAGAUUUAGGAGGAAUAAGCCGAAUAACCUUUAAGGGUGUUUCAAAGGCAUAGAAAGUAUGUUUGCAAUUUACAGUCUGUAUUUUUGUGGAUGAUGUUGGGAAGUAACCAGGGCCCCGUCUUACAAAGAGCUACAAUUGAUCUGAUUAUCUUACACUAUAUGGAAAUCCAACAAUGUCGUUUUUUUUUUCCUCCAAGACAUGUGUAUGAUGUCCUUUGUAAACAAAAAGAAUAGCAGGGAAUAAUUUUGCUUUACAAAUGUGACUAGCAUUUUAGGUAUUAAGAGCAAAGCUCUCAACUAAGUAAUGUACAGUCCUAUGUAAAAAUAUGCUAUACAAUUAAAAGACUUUAUGCAUAGCAGUCUUUCAAAAAUGUGGAGCAAAUUGCGAUGCGAUACCAGGAAAAUUGUUCCCUGGAGAAGCACACUGAAUUUUCAAGAAAACAAUAAAUGUAUGAUUAUACCUCACAUAUUUAGAGUAUAUUUUGAACAAACAUGCAUUUUAGAUGUUGAAGUUGCUGGUUUUCCAUAGUUGUCGUUGUUCGGAUCAAUUGUAACUCUUUGUAUUAAAAACGGAGCAUUUUAUGAAAAAAAUAGUGAUUUUCAUUGACUAUUGGUAUCAGCUACUGCAAAUCCUUGCGUCUUAUUGGCCCAGACAAAACUAGUCUGUGAAAAACACCGACAAAAUCACUCAAGAAAUGUUCCCAGGGAUUUAAAGACUUCUUGAUGAGUAGUAUUAUUAUUUGUAUUCAUAUUUAAAAUGCAUAUCAAACUUUAUAUAUUUGCAAUGGAUUCCGUUGUUUCUCAUUCGUUUUUUAUCAACUGAUGACUGUCCUCUUUUUUUCUUUUUUUUUUACAUUUUCUGUUUAUUUUAUACUUUGUGUUACGGGACCCUGGUGUUGGUGAUUGACUGAUGUUUACACCAACCAGAGCACCAAAAAUUGAAUUUGGACUGAUGCUUGUAAUGAUGUAAUAGGUGUUACGCUGUCAUUGGGGUGAUUGGUGUUGGAGCCAGGUCAGGCAAUCUUGACCCCUUAAUACAGAGGCUUGCAAUGUAUGCAGUAUUUCAAAUAAGAAAAUAUAACCCUAAUUAUAUCCUGGUUGUGCAAAAUAUGUAUGCAACAAUGAUCAACAAUAGUCAUUGGCAUUUUAGCGAUUGAUUGCAUAAUUCUGUGUUAAUUGAUCCUUGAUUUAUGCUACCAACACCAAACUUGAAAUCACCUAUUGUUUUCUGUCAAGUGGGAGUGUGCAAGAAUCUUGUAGUCCAAUAGAUUAACAUUGUAAUUUUUGUGUAAUGAUGUAAUACCCAUUUUUUAAGCCAAAGAGAUGUAAACGUGGAAAGCCCUUCCUAUUUUUUUUUUUUCAUUUUCCUUUUGCUAUUUGUCCAAGCUUGCAUGCAUUUAGUUUGGAAACUUGCUAAAUGAUUUAUAAACACACAUAAUGUAUCUAACUAUAUGUCCAUCCUUCCACGGAAGGCUUUAUCUAUGUGGUAGAUGUUACAUACCACAUGGUAAAUGUACAUGUACACAGAUGAGUAACUUUACAAAUCAUCUGCUGUGAUAUGCAGUUUCAAAAUCAUGAAUAUAUCCUCUGCGUAAGCUUACCGAAGCAUAACCUUGCAGUGGUUUGGCUUUAAUUUUACUGUUGAAAAAAUAAUAAUUGCAAUUAAUUCAAGAUUGGAGAUUAUUAAAGAAGAUUGAUGUUUUAUUUUUCUAUUGUAGUGUUGUGGAGAUAUUGAAAUCUCAUUUGUUUCACGAGGUUAUCAUCCACUACAUUGCUGUGAGGCACAAAGUAAAUUGAUGCAGGGUUUAUUUUGUUAUUUUGAGUUUACUUUGAUGAAGCUAAACUACAUGUAUUUGUUAAUAGUUUGUAUAUGCUAAAUAUUAGCUGUCACUGCUUAUGCUUUUAAAGUUAUUAAUCCAUUGGAGACUGGCUAAUUCGGCUGUAACAUGCAUUUUCAAUCGGAGUGGAAGUGUUGUGGUUUAACGAUUCUGACUAUUGCCUAGUAAUCAGAGAAGGCAUGUGUAAGGCAUCAAUCCACACUUCGUCACUCUCCAUCCAGGUGUAGAAUGCCUAGCAAUCGAGUUUGGAAACUCUUAUUGGAAUGUUCCCCAGGGAACGGAAAAUGCACGUAUCGUGGCUGCGCUGAUAAAACCUCGUAUCUCAAAAUGUUAAUAUUUGCAUGACGGCUAUUAAGGAAUAAGCUAGAUUUUUAGAGUUAUAACAUGGGUAGCAACCUUCUUUUGCCUCGAAAGAGUUCUUCACAUGCAUCAGGAGACUGUUUUCAGACAAUAUGAAACUGCCACCACUGCUCUAUUUUUUUAAUACAGCUUUUUCUAUGCUGCCCUCAAACUUGUUUAAUUUUUAGAUUCAAGGAUUUUUCAGCCCAGCCACGACAUAUUGUUUGUGGGCAAGCCAGGAUCUUAUGACUGAGAUAAUAAUAUAUCUGUAAAGUGAGAGAUGUUGUAAUGUUUUAAGCUCUACUGUAGAUUAUAAUAGUACCAUCAUUUCAUCCUGCAUAUACAGUGUGCCCAGAAAAAAGGAAACCGGAACUCCCACAUCUUUUUUCUUCAAAGGCAAAUUAAUUAUGAUAUUCCAUUUAUAUCAUCAUAUUAUUCAAUUAUUCCUCUACAUUUUGAUACCUAAUAUGCAACAAACGCUUCACGCAUUAAUGAACAACACGAGUUUGAAAUUUUAAUGUCAAAAUCAGGCUGCGCAGAAAAUUUGGACACGAUUGGUUUGUGAUGCGACAACCGUGCUCAUUCGACGAUUGACUCAUUAGCAUUUCUUUUGUAUUCUUUGUGAAGUUUCUGUCACUGAUCCCUAAAACGAGAGUCUAUUCAGAUCUUUUCGCGAGUUUCUGCGCAAAUCGUUUCUGAUAGGCCUCAAUAUUUAUUGUUUGUAACCUGCCAUGCGUGAAUGAUUUUCUAAGCUGUUGGUCUCAAAUUAAAGAUAAGAUUCCACUCGUACCAUAAGUAUCAACUUUAUAGUAAAAACAUAUGUAAAGGACAAGUCCACCCCAACCAUAAGUUGAUAUGAAUAAAAAGAGAAAAAUCCAACAAGCAUAAUACUGAAAAUUUCAUCAAAAUCGGUAGUAAAAUAAGAAAGUUAAGAAAUAUUAAAGUUUCACUUAAUUUCACAAAACAGUUAGGCGCACAUCCUUGUUGGUAUGUAAACAAGGAGACUGGUGACGUCAUCCACUCACUAUUUAUUUUGUAUUUUAUUAUAUGUAAUAUGAAAUAUUCUAAUUUUCUCCUCAUUGUCAAGUGAAACAAAGAUUAAUUCCUCCCUGAACAUGUGAAAUUAGCAUUGCUUUAAUACUAUAUGGUUCAGUCAAGUUGCUCCUUAUUGUCAAAUCUGUAAAAAAAUUAUAUAUUAUAUAAUUCAAACAAUAAAAAACAAAAGAAAUAGUGAGUGAUGGGCAUCAUCGACUGUCUCAUUUGCAUGCCACUGAGAUGUGCAUAUAACUGUUUUAUGAAAAAUAAGCAAAACUCUAAAAUGUCAAAACUUUCAUAUUUUACAUCCGAUUUUGAUGAAAUUUUUAAUGUUUUGCUAGUUUGAUUUUUCUCUAUUUAUUCAUAUCAUAAUUUUUCUGGGGUGAACUUGACCUUUAAUAAUUGUGAAAUUUAUCUCUGAAAGCGGGUUUCCUUUUUUGUGGGACGCACAGUGCAUAUACAGGCUCAGUCUCCUCCGGUUUUGGCUUUUGUUAUUUCUUUUCAUAUUGUUUAUUGAUGGUAAUAGAGUGAGGGGUCAUGGUUUAAAUAGAGGUAUUACAGCUGAGAAGACGCAAUGUUAAAUCAGUCAGAAAGGAAGGACUGAAUCAUGGACUGUUGUAGUAAGGAAAGGUGAUGAAAUGAUCAAGUAUUACUGCGAGACUCGAUUAUCAUGUAUAUAGAAAAUAUUGUGUGCAAUUUUGAUUGAAGAUAUGGGUAGUAUACCCCCAUUAUGUUGUAUAAUCUAGAUUUGUUAUGUCUAUUGUAAGUAUGUACCAAUCAUGACCAUGAAAACGUGUAUAUUGUCCAAAGUUUGUCAAAGAAUUUACACCACCUAUUUUCAUUUAUGUAUUGAUGUUAAUAGUCUCAAGAGGAGUGUCAAAGAUAUGGUGCUGUUUUUAAAAGAAAGACAAAUAUUGGUAUGUACUUUGUGAAAUACAUAAAGAGCUCCAUCAUCAUGCUCUUCAUAUUCAUUGAUCAUAAAAACCUUGUGAAUUUCUUCUUAUAAAAUUUUCCUCGUGAUUCAAGUGUGUCUCUUUUUUAUAUAAUACUUGUUAGUAAUCAGCAAUGAUAUGAUUAGUGAGAUAUUUGCAUUAAUUAAUAGAUCAAUUUCUUAAAAGGUAUGAUACAUGUAUAACAUGAAGAAACACAGGCAGAUAAACAAUGAA